UUUUGAUCUAUUUAAUAUUCUCUUACUAUAUCUUUCGUAUUAUUCUGGAAAUAUCUCGCCGAUGGGAGUCUCGAUGAACGACAUCGCUGGGGAACUCGCGUACUGUACAUACUACAGCAUACAUGCAGCAGACCCAUAACCGCUCCUUGUCGGUUACUCUACAGCGAUAUAUCAAGAUUACCCCGAAGCUGCCAACAUGGUUUAUCGUGGGAAGCCUAGCACCGGGUGUCAAAAUUGCCGGUCUAGACAUAUUAAGUGCGAUGAAACUCGUCCUCACUGUAGGGCGUGUGUCCGGACCGGCCGGACGUGCCCGGGAUACCCGCACCCGCUCGAUGUUAUGUUAAGAGAUCGAACGGCCUUUCAACGCAAGAAAAGUAAUAUUUCUAAGACCAAAGCGGUAAUUGCGACAAAAGGCAGGACAAGCUCGAAAGAACUGUCGCCUCCAUUGACGGUGUCUGAUACGACUACGUCGCCUACGACUGCAUCUUCUACAUCGGUCGUGAGCUCCCCAAAAUAUGAAACCUCACCCGUCUCUGUAAACUUUUUGGAAGCCCUAUCACCAAGCCUUCCUAAUAGUCUAUUCCUCCCUCUGGAGAGUACGGUUACCUCUUUGUUUUUCAAUUCGUAUCUUUAUUCACCGAGGGACCCUCUCAUCCGGAUUGGCUUUUUGGAGCUUGUGCCUGAGCGGUACCAUAACGCCCUGCCUGGAUCUCCUUUACACCUCGGGACUCUGGCCGUGUCACUGUUCUCUGUUUCUGCCUGGACGGGUAAUCACUCGUUUCUCCGCAUGGCGGAGCAGUUCUUCGUGAAGGCGCUAGCGAAGACAAGAGUUUCCCUGCAAAGUAAUCUCGGGGGGAAUUUAGUCGAGACUAUAAUGGCAGUUCUUUUGCUUUCUAUCUAUGAGGAAUUCUCUGCUGUGAAGGAGCACAGAAUUGCAGCAAAAACUCACUUGCGUGGAGCCGUUGCCUUGAUCAAUAGCGGGUACAUGACACAAUGUGAGGACGCUAACUCACAAGUCUUGACGAAUUCAAUACAAAGCCAAAUUAUCAAAGCCUCGACUGCUCCGGCUUUUCCGACGGUCCAGAUACCAGACGUGUGGCCCCUAGCUGCACCAAUACCUCAAUGCGCAUCCUCGCAACUAACAGCGGCUGCAACUGGAUUGGUAAACCUCAGGCAAGUGUGGGAUAAUUUUGCAUCGCAUCCUGAAUUACACGGCACGGAUGAAAUUAAUCGCAUAUACUCAAUGGCUAUAAGUAUCGACAACAGGUUUUCUGCAUGGGCCUGGGUUCUUCCCCCACACUGGGCUCCAGUUCAGGCAACCAUGAUACCCCAGUCUGUCCGGGAAGCAGGCAUUUUCCAAAACAGAUGCGACUGUUAUACAGAAAUGUGGACCGCAAGUACAUGGAACACCUACCGAGAAUCGCGGAUCGUCACCCAAAAAAUUAUUCUAAACUGCCUACGUCUUCUCCCGAACCUUGGCACACCCGACAAAGUUGACAAUGUCAUGUCUACUAUCCAAAAGCUGGCUACCGAUAUCUGCGCUGCAGUUCCCUUCUUCCUAGGAAGCCAGACAAUGUCUGUCCAGUUGAACCCCUAUAAGGUCGAGUACCCCCAAGCUGAGGAGCGCCCGGUGACUUUGGCCCAUCAACAAACGGGCCCCCUUCUCGGCGGGUGGCUGAUCCUUGGUUACCUGGAGAAUCUCUGCUCUCCUGAUCUGUGUUUACCAGAUGAACAGCUGGCGUGGAUAAAAAGCCAGAUGCACCGAAUCUGGCGGAUAUACACUUUCGAACAUCGAGUUAUGUGAUCGGCUCAACAAAUAUGUACGGUUUUUGCGUUGGGCAUUGGUAUAUACUGAAGAAUUGCGCUGGGAACAUAAGCCGUUUACAUUCUCGUACCUAUUUGGAGGCAACCGCCCAGCGUCUUGGCCUGUCGGAUUUAGUCACGCUACGGUUCUGUAUCAUAGCCUUCAGAUUACAAUGCACAUAAUACAGCGAUAAGGUAUGACUUUGGCUUGUUCCAAGAGACAACUUGAACUAAACGAUAUA